CAUCGCCAUCUCCCUGUCCAGCUUUCUCUUCAUCCGCCGCUGCUUUCAUGCAUGAAUUCUCUCCUGCCUCUGCGUCUUCACCUUGGCCAUUUCUGCCUUCCAGUCCUAGCUCUCCUGCUUUUGCUGCUGCCGCUUCAUGGAGACGGUAGAGCUCAAGGUGGAGAUGGUAGGGAUGCAUUGUGAGAGAAGAAUCAGGAAAAGCCUGUCUAAAAUCAAAGGAAUAGAGAAAGUGGAUGUGGACGUGAGCACGCAGAAGGUGGUGGUCACAGGGUACGUGCACAGAAACAGAGUUCUCAAGGCGCUGAGGAGGUCUGGGCUCAAGGCGGACUUCUGGUGCACACAAAAUGAGUUUCUUCUCAACGCCUACGCUAGUGGGAGCUACGGCAACUUCAGGAUGAACCAUUUCAGCUUCUUCUAGCUACCUAAUAUCCUCAUCUCGCACUUUUACAGAAUCUGUCCUACAAAUCGCUCUACACAUGUGUUCAUCCCUUUUCUGCCUUUCUUUUUCUUCUUUUAUGUGAAUUUCAAGGGAGGGUGGCAACCUCACCAGCUCUCUCUCUCUCUCUCUCUCUCUCUUCCUUUAUUUUAUUUCUUUAAAAAGUGUUCGGUGAGUUGGGUAAUGUCCAUAAUGCAAAAAUGGUCCUUUUUUUC